UGUGUCCUCGACGAGAUUCUUAAGGUUCUCGGCGAUCCUUAUCCUUCUUCCUUCAUUUUCAGAUGCUGAAAAAUAUCAGAAUUGCAAAAUAAGUGACGGCAAAAAUUCCGAUUUUUUUGUGACAUGUCAUUAAAAUUGGAUCAUGUAUACGAAUUUGAAUUAACGUCAUUGCAAAUCGCUUCAAGGUUAGCGGUGUCACACCUAUUAAUUUUCGUUCGUGCUACCCGCCUCCGGCUGAAAUCGCGACAGCCAACUUUGUCUAGUAUUAAAACGAGAUCACCUAUACGCGUGCAAAAGUUACGUGGAAACUGGUGUUGAACCUGUAUGGCUUUAUAUGUCAGUGCCACAAUUUGGAGAAAGUGUGUCCUUGACAAGUUUUACAAUAUCACGCCCCGGCAUUGGUAUAUAUAUCAUUAUGUUACAUAAACGAAGGGAAGGACAUGGUAUAAGAAAAAAAAAAGUUAUUAAACAUUUGAUAUGACGUAGCAGCAUUCUCUUACGUAAUACAGGAUAUGUGAGUUUUAAGGGGAAAAAUCAGCUCAUGUCACGCGCGAUGAUAAUGUGCAGUAUUAAAGGCCCUUCAAGUGCAAGCUCAUACUUUGCUAAAUUUAUUACCUGAAAAACACCAUUAACCGUUAAUUUGAUAUAUUCUUCAAGUAACAAUAUUUAUUUAAAACACAUGGAUGUAAGCAGUUAAUCUUUAAAGUUACUUUAACGACAAGUUAGUAGAAAAUUGAUUAUGUUUCGGUUAUCAAUUGGCGAUCUUAAUUCAGUCGAAACCACGCCCGAAACUUACGUCCAUGCCCUCUUUUACUCGACUAUCCGUCUCCACCACUUUCUAUCCUCCUUUCUUAAUGAUUUCUUACAAAAAGUUUCGCGGUACAGUUUCCCUCUCCCUUGAUCGGCCAUGCCCAAUCCCAAUUGGGAUCAGCGGCACCCAAAAUACAAUUGAUCCCCCUGCAACCUUACGCGCAUAUAAAUACUCGGUCAGGAUACGAAUUUGGUCAGAACCGAGCCACUCUUUCUCAUAAAAGCAAAAUGGCAUUCAAGUUCAUCGUACUCGCAGCCUUAGUGGCAUUAGCCAGCGCCGGUGGGCCAGCAGCUUACGACAUCGCCGCAUCUUCCGGCGACCACAGCAGCAUCGGCUUCAGCCAAGAGUCGACGCAGAAAGGCUACGCGGGUCAGAACGUGAUUUCUUCUUACUCGAAAUCCGACGAUUCGGCUCACUCUUUCGUACGAGUUAGCAGUCAAAGCGUCAGCAACGAUGGCCUGUUGCACUACGACAUCCCACAGGCUCCUGUUCUGAAAGCCGCAUACGCAGCCCCAACAUACGUCGCCUCUCCACCUGCUGCUCCCCUAAUCGCCAAGACCUACGCCUCCCCUUAUAGCUACGGUACUCCUCUUUUGGCAAAGAGUUACGCCGCCCCGUACAGCUACAGCUCUCCUCUACUGACCAAAACCUACGCCGCUCCAGCACCGAUCUACGCCAAGGCUGCCGUCUCCGCACCAGUUGCUCCACUUCUGACGAAGACCUACGCUUCUCCUUUCGUGGCCAAAUCAUACGCUUCCCCCCUUCUUACCAAAUCGUACGUCGAAUCGGCUCCACUCCUGGCCAAGACCUACGAAUACGCUGCCCACGCCCCAGUUGUCGCCAAGAGUGCCUAUAUUGCCCCUGCUCACGGAUACACCGCCUCCCUCGCACCAGCUCCUCUCUUGACCAAGACCUACGCCGCCCCUCUGCAGUACGCUCCUCAGACUCACCUUGUUUCCAAGGCCUAUGGAUACGAAGCUGGUGCCCCUGUUGUGCACGCCGUCUUCCAAGGUCUUGGUACCAGCUACUCCUGGUAAAUCUGUGUUA